AUGAGCGCACGUGGUAGAAGAGCAUCCCGAGCACCUCGGACCAGGGCUGUCGGGCCGACGGGGGAGAUUCUGGAAGAAGAAAGAGUGCCGCGCGCUGCAGAGCCGGUUGGGCAAGAGCCGACUAUGGCUGGGAUUCUCCAAGCACUAGGAGCAAUUGGAGACCUUAUGGGGCAGCAAGUAAAGAACCGGAAUGCUGCCGCCAUUGUUGAAGUACCACGGGGAAACGUGCCAACUGGAGCGGUGAAUGUUGGACAUCAAGCACAUAAGUUAGUGGAGCAAUUUCUGAAAUUGAAGCCGCCCAAGUUCUCUGGGAGCGGAGACCACGAAGCUGCUACCUCAUGGAUCAAGGAGUUAGAGAAGGCGUUUGCCCUCUUGAGGUGUACCGAGGAGGAUAAGGUCACUUUGGCCGUGUAUCAAUUGCGUGGGAAUACGAGUACAUGGUGGAGAGCUUCUAAGGACAGAGUUUUUCCUGAAGGUACGGUUCCGGCGUGGAAUGCCUUCGUGGAAACCUUUAACGGAAAGUACUUCUCAGAUAUUGCGAGGGAACAGAAGAUGGCUGAGUUCCUUCGCCUGCGUCGAGAACAUUUGUCGGUGGAUGAGUAUGAGGCGAGAUUUGCUGAGCUGUCAAAGUAUGCCCCAAGAAUGAUAGAGGACCCUGUGGAUAGGGUAAGAAGAUUCCGGGAUGGGCUGAAACCGGAGAUCAAGAGCGUAUUGGUGCCGCUCAACUUGAAGGAUUAUGACGACCUGUAUAAGAGGGCGCAGAUGGUAGAGUGUGACUUGGCUGAAAGAACCGCCACAACCGGAUCGCGGUUUGUACCCUCACACGGAAGGGACAGUCGGCAAGGAAAGAGACCGAUACCUAGUGGUAGAUACCAAAUCCCACCCAACAGAAGAGAGGCGAUCAGCAAGCCGGUGUUCCGCCAAGAUGGGGCAUGUCACUUAUGCCGCCAAAGGCAUGGACCCGGUCCGUGCCCGUUUAAAGAAGGGGCAUGCUUUGGAUGUCGCCGGUUUGGUCAUCAAGUGAGAGACUGCCCACGGAGACAGCGGAAUAGGCCACAGGGGGAACAACCUGGAGGAAAACGUAUCACAUGA